AUGGACCGAGCAACUCGCAAAGAGGACGUGCAGAAGGCGUAUGAACUGCAGACCCGAGCCGGUGUUGCAGGUGCAGCACGAUCUACGGCCGUCGGACUAGGGCUUGCUGUACUCGGACAUUACACUUGGCCUGCAUUCCGGAUUCUUAGUCUCAGUUUGUCCGUCCGCAUCUCACUCCUCAAGUGUCGGAUCUCAUCCGACGCUUUUCGUCUCGAAGUCACCAUCUUUGGCCUGGUAAUUGGCGCAGAGAAUGCUCUGCUAUCUCACGAAGCUGAGCGUCGACGAACUGAAACCGCGUUGCGGCAAGAAGCACGCAUAGGCCUCGCGCGCCGAGGACUUGUUGCUACUGAAACGGAGAUUGCUCGAUGGAAAGCAGAAAAACUUACCGAGACGCACACACCACACACGAUUCAGACCGAUGAUGAGAUAGCAAGGAGCACAAAAUAG